AUGGCUAGUGCUUUAUUAUUUCUAAAUUCUCGUGGAGAAGUCUUGAUUUACCGGUCAUAUCGUGACGACGUCAGCCGUACUGAAGUGUCCCAGUUCUGUACCCAGGUGGUAGCCGCUAAAGAAGCAUCAGAACAGCCGAUCGUCUAUUUAAAUGGCGUCCAUUAUAUCCAUACAGUCCAAAACAACAUCUUUGUGGUUGCUGCAGCGGCUUCUAAUAUCAACGUCGCCAUGAUCCUGCAAUUCCUGUAUAAAGCUGUUGAGGUUUUCAAGGCUUAUUUUAAUGGAGAGUUUGACGAAAAUGCAAUCAAAAAAAAUUACGUGCUUAUUUAUGAGCUAUUAGAUGAAAUUAUGGAUUUCGGCCUGCCCCAGCUGACUGAGACUGAGGUGUUAAAACAAUUCAUUACUCAAGGCGGGCUAAGGAAAUCUAUUAGAGAUGAUCAGAUCCAAGGAGCUUUAAUUCAAGCGACAGGAAUUACGAGUUGGCGUCCAGAUAAUAUCAGGCACAAAAAUAAUGAAGUAUAUAUAGAUGUUAUUGAAAGUCUACAUGUACUUGUUUCAUCUCAAGGCACUGUUUUGCGUAGUGAAGUCCAAGGGCAAAUUAUGGUAAAAAGUCAGCUUUCUUUUAUGCCAGAAUGCAAGUUUGGUAUGAAUGAUAAGCUAGCAAUGGCUGGAGAUGGAAAUAGUGUACUUGGAGAUAAAGGAAUUGCUAUUGACGAUAUAGCUAAUUAAAUAAGCUAGAAGCUUCUUUUUAUUGAAUCCUUUUUAUUUUUUAUAAAAAAUAGCUAAUAAUCGAUCAUUAUAAAAUUUGAGAGCUCUUAUACAGGUAUAUAAAAUUCCACCAAUGUGUAAGACUAGGGAAAUUUGAUAGAGACAGAUCAAUUACUUUUAUCCCUCCUGAUGGUAUUUUUGAACAUUCAAAAUGGCGUCUCACCUGGGCCCGACGCAGCUUCGAGCACAUAUUUAAAGUAUAUCCGGCAUGCUUUUUCAAUUCAAAGAUGCACAAAAAAUGCUAGGUAAGCAAUUCCAUGUCGUUUCGGAGCCUAACCCAAAUCGCUUUCAGAAUUGGAGUUUACCUUGAGGGGAAGGGAGGGUCCAAAGUUGAUGAGCGGAGCUAGAUUAAUCGGGAAAAUAUCUAGCGGGUCUCUAGGAAUUAAGCCCCAGGCUUUUAACUUUUUCCUUUUAGCCGAAAGUAUCAUUUUUGGGAUUUUUGUGAGGACAACCUUUCGAACUCAAGGCAGAAGUUCAUAGUCUGCCCACUCAACACUGGAACCGCAAGGCAAGGAUGUGACGAACACUUCUGCUGUCCGUGGUAUCAAGGAUGAAUGAGGAGAAAGAUGGUAAUUGGUCUGAUUCGUGGAGGAGCCAUUUGUUUCCGGACCCAGCUUGACAGACGACGUCGCAAAGUGGAUAAACCCUUAUUGGUCCUUGGUGACUGCAUAACCAAUAGGCAGAAGCCACCUGUAAUUUAAGAUUAAGAUGGCGUUUUUGAAUUAAUGACUUAUAGGGUAACAGAAAACGUGAAUCUUCCGUUUAAACUCAUUCCUAUCGUGCAUGAAUAUGAUAAAAAUAAGAUAGAAAUUUCGCUGAAAAUUAAAGCACUUUUUGAGAGGAAUGUGUUUGCGUCUAACGUGGUAUAGGAAAUUUCAGUAAAUUUAUAUGGAUUUAUACCAAUAUAAAAUUAUAGGAAUAUUCAUGCUAAAAAGAUUAAUAAAAAUCCCAGUCCCAAAAAAUUCAGGAAAAACCAAUAUUUAUGCAGUCACUGGAAAAGCUAGACUUGAGCCUGAGCAAGGCGCAGUUGUGUGGAGAAUCAGAAGGUUCCCUGGAGACAGUGAAUACACGCUAAGAGGCUCAGUCAAUCUAGUUCCCACUACCAGUGACAAGCCAUGGUCUCGGCCUCCCGUAACAAUUGAUUUCCAAGUCCCUAUGUUUACUUCUUCAGGCCUUCGAGUCAGAUUUUUAAGAGUCAUCGAAAAAAGCAAUUAUAAGCCUACUAAGUGGAUCCGCUAUAUAACUAAAGCUGGAUCAUAUCAGCACAGAAUAUAA